GAAGACGUGCAGCAGCUGAGCGGUAAGCUGACCCUGCAGGUGGAGACAAUGCUGUGUGUGCCAGUGGAGUGCAGGGACACCGGAAAGGUGGUGGCCCUUCUCUGUUCUUUCAACAAGGAAGGUGCAAGCAGAUACACAGAGGCAGAUGAACACAUCAUUCAGCACUGUGUCCAGCAUACCUCCCCAGUGUUAAGCAGUGCCUUGGCUCUUCAAAGGGAGCACAAACUGCAGACACAGUGUCAGGCAUUGUUGCAGGUGGCAAAAAACCUGUUCACUCAUUUGGAUGAUGUCAACACACUGCUGAAAGAGAUCAUCGCUGAAGCUCGGAGCCUCAGCAAUGCAGAGAGAUGUUCCAUAUUCCUGCUGGACAAAGCCAACGAGGAGCUGGUGGCAAAGGUGUUUGAUGGAGGGAUGGUGGGAGAUAACGAGACGGAGGUACGCAUUCCAGCAAAUCAGGGAAUAGCUGGUCAUGUGGUAACAACAGGAGAGAUCCUCAACAUUAAGGAUGCAUACUCCCAUCCUCUGUUCUACUGUGCCAUAGACAAGAGAACAGGUUUCCAGACACGGAACAUUCUCUGCUUCCCUAUUAAAGAUAUCAAUGGAGAUAUUGUUGGCGUUGCUGAGCUGGUGAACAAAAUGAAUGGCCCGUGGUUCAACCACUUUGAUGAGGGAUUGGCCACCACCUUCUCCGUCUACUGUGGCAUCAGCAUUGCUCAUUCUCUCUUCUACGAGAAGGUGCUCGAAGCUCAGUACAGAAGCACUCUGUCCAAUGAAAUGAUGAGGUACCACAUGAAGGUGUCUGACGAAGAAGUGCAAGGGCUACUCUCCAGAGGCACCCAGCCCGUCCUGAAGAUCCACCCCUCUUUUGCUGAAUUUAGUUAUAUCCCUCGCUCACUGUGUGAUGACAACACUUCUACGGCCGUGAUCAGCAUGUUUGAAGAAAUGGGGUUCAUCAACACUUACAAAAUUGAAAAGAACACACUGGCACGGUUUUGUCUGGUGGUUAAGAGAGGCUACAGGGACUCUCCCUAUCACAACUGGACACAUGCUUUCUCUGUGACCCACUUCUGUUACCUGCUAUACAAGAAUUUGGACAUGGGACAAUAUCUUGAGGACAUUGAGAUCUUUGCUCUUUUCGUUUCGUGUAUGUGUCAUGAUCUGGAUCACCGUGGAACUACUAACUCCUUCCAGAUCAUAUCGAAAUCAGUGUUGGCUCACCUCUACAGUUCUGACGGAUCUGUGAUGGAGAGACACCAUUUUGCCGAGGCCAUAUCCAUCCUUAACUCGGAGGGCUGUAACAUAUUUGACAACUGCUCCAGGAAGGACUAUCACAGAAUACUUGAUCUGAUGCAUGACAUCAUCUUAGCCACUGACCUUGCACAUCAUCUGCGCAUUUUAGAUGAUCUUCAAAACAUGUCAACAGAGGGAUACGACCCAAACAAGCCCGAGCACCAUCAUCUGCUGCUGUGUCUGCUAAUGAGCUCCAGUGAUCUGUCUGAUCAGACCAAAGACUGGAAGACCAACCGAAGAGUGGCUGAACUCAUCUACAGAGAGUUCUUCUCUCAGGGAGACAGAGAGAAAGCUAUGGGAAACACACCUAGUGAUAUGAUGGACAGGGAGAAGGCCUACAUACCAGACUUGCAGAUCGGCUUCAUGGAACACAUUGUCAUGCCAAUAUUCAAGCUAUUGAAAGAUCUGUUUCCUGGGUCAGCAGAGCUCCACGGCACCGUAUCCUCCAAUCACAGCAGAUGGACACACAUCUCCCAAAAGUACAGGACACAAGGGUUGCCUAGCAAUGAGUCCUUAGAGUUCUUAGAUGAUGAGUUUUAGUCACAGGCAGUUGGACUGUGGCGCUAAAGGAGGAAGGGUGACAUCAAUCAAGAUUUAAACUUUAUAGUGGAAGCAUUUUAAUAUGAAUUAUGGUAUGUUUCUAUGUCUGCGUAAUUUAUUUUUCUUUGUAUUUAACAACACCAGGAAAAACAUACCAAUAAAUGUUUUCUCUACUGACGAUUAUAAUUGACAAAAUGGUAUUUUAUUUUCUGUAAUUAUUUGGCUAACUAUAUGGGAUUCAAGAAUGUUAUGAUUGAUUUAUGAUAUGUCUCCAAGAGUAUUUUUGUCAUCGCAAUGCAAGUUGGUGGAGAGGUUGUCACAAAAAGGGCAUUCACAUGUUUGCCCUACAGCCAUAAAUGUAAAAUAAACAAUGAAAUCUGUUGAUAA